AUGAGCUUAUUAGUACCGUCUAUCAUUGUUGCCGUCUCGUGUAUUCUUUUAAAGCUUGUUCUCUCGGCUUGGUUGAGUUCAAAUCGGAUAUGGUCAGCUUUAAAGAAGGUGCCUGGACCUAAAGCCCAUUUACUGAAUGGAAAUCUAGAUAUCAUCGGUUCAAUCGAUGACUAUUUACCUAGCGUGAAGAAAUUGUGUGAACAAUAUCCUAAAAUGUUUCCGUUAUGGUAUGGCCCCACCAAUCCGGUCUUAAUGGUUAGCGAUCCUGUUAUCGCUCGAGAAUUUAACAAAUCUGCUAAUACCAAAGAGACACACGCACAUCGAUUUCUUCGCGAAUGGACUGGACCGGGGCUGUUGUACUCGAACGGAGAAUUAUGGGCAAGAAAUCGAAAAUUAUUAACACCUGGAUUUCACUUUGAUGUCUUGAAACCGUACAUGAUUGUCUAUAACGAAUGUACCGAUAUUCUAUUAGAGAAAUGGGUCAAUCAUGCCGAGCAAGGUAAACCAUUUGAAGUUUUAGAAGAUUUUUGCCUAUUGGCUUUCGAUAUUAUUGUACAGUGUGCGUGUUCAACACAGUUAAAUCCUCAAACGCACGGCUCCAAGCAUCCAUUUUUAGCUGCAUCUCGUGAAAAUACCGCGUUGGUUGAGGCUAGACUAUAUAAUCCACUCUUUUCUAACAGUUUUAUAUAUGGACUAUCCUCGAGCGGCAAGAAAUUUUACUCUAAUGUCGCUUACUCUAGACAGUUUGCUAAAGAAAUUGUACUUCAACGUAAAGCUGCUUUAGAAAAUCAAGACAAUAUCAAUGAAAGCAGAAAACAUCUUGAUUUCCUCGAUAUUAUGCUGACUGCUCAGGAUAGCGAAGGUGUGGGCAUGAGUGUUGAUGAAAUUGUCUAUCAAGUAAUCUCAUUUUUAUAUGCAGGGCACGAUACGACAUCUUCCUCCUUGUCAUGGUUGAUGUUUAGUUUAGCUUGUAAUCCUGAAUGUCAAAAGAAAUGUCGAGAAGAAGUAGAUAACGUGCUUGGAAGUAGAACAGAUUUGGUAUGGGAAGAUUUAGCCAAGCUCAAGUACUUGACACUAUGUAUUAAAGAAUCGCAACGUUUACAUACGACAGUGCCGAUACUAGCUUAUACGUUAGGAGAAGAUACCACAGUUGAAGGAUACACAUUCCCUAAAGGUAUGGAUAUUGAAUUUCCUUCUUAUGUCUUUCAUCACGAUCUAAAAUGGUAUAAAGAUCCCGAUAAAUUCAAUCCAGAACGAUUUACAGCGGAAAACUCCAAAGGUCGAGAUCCCUAUGCUUACAUUCCAUUUGCAAUUGGAGCUAGAAAUUGUAUUGGGCAAAAUUUUGCCUUGCAAGAACUAAAAGCAGUUUCUGCUAAAAUAAUACAGCGCUUCGAGAUAUUCACCAAUGAUACAUCGUAUCAUCACAUUCCCUCAGUCAUUUUGAAAAACAAGGGCGGUAUAUGGCUAUCUUUGAAAGAGCGCAGAGACUCUGUCGUUGAAACCAAGAAGGACGCAGUAACAUUUGGCAAGUCGAGAUUUCUCUUACCUCCUGAUAUGUCAUUCGGUUGGCAAUUCUAUAUUUUGUAUUGA